GGUCAAUAGAGACAAGAGGAAGACGAGUAGUUGUGUGUGAAAAGUAGUGGGUGUUCGUAGCCCCUGGAAAACGGGCCCUCAUUCGAGCGUUUUUCUUUCCCCCAUUAUCACUAAAAAAUAACAUUCCUCACAGCGACUAAUUAAACUCCCCCCUAGUAGUGCAGAAAUCGAGAGUGACUCAACGAUGAAUCAAGCAGAUUCGAGUAUACGAUUCCGUAUACAACAAUAGUGAUGAUUGGGGGAGUGAAAAUGCAAUCAAUUGGCAUGCAGUACGGGCCCUCAAACUGUCAAGAUCGCGGUUGAGUCGGGGAUACUCCGGAUUUUUUAAAGUAACAAAAUGGCUUCGGGGGACAAUGUGGAUGUGAUUGAAGUCGUCGAGACGAGCUUUGGGGGUGGAAACAGAGGCGACGACGUAUCCUCGAGGCUCAAUGACUCUGGCGAUGAGGAUGACAAGUCAACAACUGGUGAGAGGGUUACCUUUGAUAGUUCAGUUGCACAACAUGGAAGUGGAGGGCCGAAGACACCCUCGGGCAUGUCGAGGGGAAAAUCCGAGAGGGAGAGGAAGAUCGGACAUAGGAGGGUCGGCGUGGGUGGUGAAAUCACCUACAAGAAGAUACAAACGACUCAGAUCAUGGGCUCGAUACAACUCGGUAUUCAACACGCUGUUGGUGGAUUGGCUAGUAAACCUGAGAGGGAUUUGUUGAUGCAGGACUUCAUGACUGUCGAGACAACGAAUUUUCCGAGUGAGGGAUCCAAUCACACGCCGGCCCAUCAUUUCUCUGAGUUCAAGUUUAAAAAUUACGCUCCAAUUGCAUUUAGAUACUUUAGGGAUCUUUUUGGCAUUCAGCCUGAUGAUUUUUUGAUGUCUAUGUGUAGUGCACCUCUUCGAGAAUUAUCGAAUCCUGGUGCAAGUGGAAGCAUCUUUUAUUUAACAGAGGAUGACGAAUUUAUUAUAAAGACUGUACAGCAUAAAGAGGGAGAGUUUCUUCAGACUCUUUUACCUGGCUAUUACAUGAACCUCAAUCAAAAUCCGAGAACUCUAUUACCAAAGUUCUUUGGAUUGUACUGCUAUCGUUGCAACAGUAAGAACGUUAGAUUGAUUGCUAUGAAUAAUCUCUUGCCCUCGGCAGUUAAGUUGCAUCAAAAGUACGAUUUGAAAGGAUCGACGUACAAAAGAAAAGCGUCGAGGAGCGAGAGAUCUAAGAAAUCACCGACCUACAAAGACCUGGACUUUAUGGAGCAUCAUCCUGAGGGAAUUUUCCUCGAGGCCGACACUUAUGGUGCUCUUGUCAAGACUAUUCAGAGGGAUUGUCGAGUGCUCGAGAGUUUCAAGAUUAUGGAUUACUCCCUAUUGGUUGGAAUUCAUAACUUGGAUCAGGCUGCAAGGGAAAAAACGGAACCGAGGCUAUCGACAACAGUCGAGGAGGAACCAGGUGAGGCUGGCUACGAGAGUGGAAGUUUCGUCCAGGUAGAACGUGAGAAGGACCGUGAGGAGAGAAUAGGUGCAACAGCCCUCAACAGAUCGCGUAGUAUUAAUCGCCAGAGGCUGGUAGCUCACAGCACUGCCAUGGAGAGCAUCCAGGCUGAGAGUGAACCGAUAGACGAGGAAGACGAUGUACCCAGUCCUGGGGGUAUUCCAGCGAGGAAUGCACGAGGCGAGCGUCUCUUGCUAUUCCUCGGUAUUAUUGACAUUCUCCAGAGCUAUCGGUUGAAGAAAAAACUCGAGCACACGUGGAAAUCCAUGAUUCACGAUGGGGACACUGUGUCGGUGCAUAGACCGGGCUUCUACGCCCAGCGCUUCCAGGACUUCAUGGCAAAGACUGUAUUCAAGAAGAUACCAUCACUGGACCUGCCUGAGAUUAAGGGAAAUCAUCGCAAAUUCCGUAACCUCGUCACCAGCUACAUAGCUCUGAAACAUUCCCCAUCGAAGAGAAAAAGCAUCACGAGGCCCUUGAGGCCACUGGAGGGUGAUUUUGAUUCAACUGUGGUGACGGCCGUUGGAAGUACGAUGCAUGCAACAUCACCCACAAAAGCCGUAAGCCCGACAAGUCCCGAGGGAGUGCCAGUGGUGACCUCCAGCACGAUAAUCUCCACAAGUUCAGUGCCAAUAGCCACCUCGACCCCCGUCAACGUACCGACAACGGUACUCGCGACAUCGACGAGCGGUGGAAUAACCGCUGGUCCACCCCCAUUAUCCGUCAACUCGUUUCAAGUCCGUGCAAGUUAUCCCGCUGUGCUGAAAGGUAGAUCUGCAGCGAGUCCCCCGAAUCCAAAUCUGGUGCCAUCAGGAAAGGUACCACCACCUGUACCACCGCGUGGCACUGGAAAACGCGCGAGUAUCGACGAGCUACAACGUGGCAACGUGUCCUCAUCCUCGUCGACAUCCGGUCGAGGUGGCACCCUCCCAUCAACCUGCUCUACCCCACCCCCACCCUUUGAUGACGCUAUGAGAUCGAAUGACCAGACCCUGGCAUCGGGUGGUCAUCUCCAGACAACUGUAGCACAUGCCAAGCAGAACAGAACUGUUCAUCAUGUGACGCUCAGUACCAAGACAUAUCAUGAUUCUGUCAGUAUAUCAGAUGUUCAUCUUGAGAGCAGCGGAAGUGGUGGAAGUGGUGGUCGCGAAACAAAAUCAUCAUUGAGCGUUGAGAGUGGAGGUAGCAGUCGAGGAGGUGGUGGACUAACCUGGACACCACCAGCGGGUAGUGCUGAGGGAUCAACACCCACGUGGACAGAGGGUACUCCCUCCUUCACUGAGAGCUCGAGCAGCGGUGACAUAGGUUGUCCAACAACACCAACCAAAGGUAAUCAUCGUAAUGACGUUGGAGGAAGAGUUGCAGCGACUGUUGAAGAGGCACUUGCUAGUCUAACAACGGAAAUGAAACAGAAACAGAGCGGUGGAUCGCAUGGGAAAUUGGAUGGAACAGAGAUAACGGAUUGGCAGAAUGGAUCCGGAUCUGAGGAUAGCAGCUCGUGCAAUUUUGAGGCCGAGCGAGUCAGGAAGCCGAGGAAGCCUCGACGACGUUGAAAUAACUCCAUUCAUGAAGAUAUUAAAGUUUUAACGAUUAAUCAGAAAAAAACACUCAUGCCCGUUUAACUGAUUACAAUAAUGUGUCAAUCAAAUUAUUUGGGGGGAUGCAUCGUCUUGCCAUUGUAAUCGAAAGUUUAUAUCAUGUCAAUUCAAGGGAAUUAUGCCAGACAUAUCUCGGUGCCAGUAGAAAUUCAUUUUCAUUUUUUUUCAUUAUCGUGGAAUUGAUACGUCAGAGAUAUUAUAUUUUUAUUAAUUUGAGAGUGUGGUGAUUAGAUUAGGCGAUCCCUCAUUAAUUUGUAUUCAUUCGCCGAUUAAUUUGUUAAUUAAUAAAUCGUAGACGUGGAAUUUGUUGGCUGAGGGGUGGCAAAGGGGUAAGUCGAAUUUAAGAUUUCCAUUUAUAUCGAUAAAUCUCGAAAACUAUUGACUGUAGCUGGAAAUUUGAGAGGAUUUAUUUUUUAGAUCGAUAAAUUUCCGACAGAAAUGAUCUUUUGGUAUUUUCUCUGAGAGCCACUAGCUUUCGAGAUCAAUCGAUUUUUAAUCAACAUGUCAAAUUCGACUCAUCUGACUUGACACUUCGCUAUUGAAUUUAAUCGAUAACAAAUCCAGAAAAAUUAUUCUGGAAAAAUCGAUUCAUCAGGAUAAUAAAAUUAAUGCCAUUCAGGUAAUUAGUCAGAUAUUUAGUCCCCUAGCUUUAUUUUUAAUACUCUCUCUCGCAUACUGCAUUUAUCGAAAAAUUAUCCGAAAAAAUAAUAAACGAGUAAAUACAGUAAUUGAGGAAUGGUAUUAGUGCAUUACGCUGCAUAUGUAGACUUUCGAGCGGCCUAAUUAUUGUAAGAAGACGUUAGAAUACUCAGAACACACGGAUAAUUGGGAAAUUGGUAAAUUGGUAAAUUGGGAAAUUGGUAAACCUCACAAAAAAUGAAUCAUAGUAUUAUAAACAGCAUCACUGUGUAUAUUAAUUACUUGUAAUGUAGUUAGACGUGCACGGGGAUUAUGUUAAUUGCAAUUAAUGGGUGACAAUGUUGAAUUACUAGAUAGACGAGGUGGCGAAUUGUUAAUCAAUAUCGAGUUAAGCUCUCUCGUUUAUUCACUCGAGUGUCUGAGGCCAGAUGAAUGGGCAAAGUACUUAAUGCGUAGGGAGAAGUAAAUAGUGGAUUACUGCUUGCAAUUACUCGAAAUAUGUAUGUGAGCGAGCUGAAUAAGUGAUGAGGUGUGUAUAUUGCUUAGGAGUGAGGCUUUUGCAGAGUUGUUUUUUCUGUUUUGAAUAAAUAAUUUGAAGGAAAGAGGAUGAUGAACAAAAGCCGAGGAGCAACGACGAUUGUCGGUGGUACCGAAUUGACUUCAAAUGGUCCCAAUAAUUAAUUAUAAUUACAAUGUAACAAUAUGCCGUUCCAAUGUUAUUAUAAUCGAGGCAUCGUUUUUAUUAAACGCUCGUUAGUUGCAGUUGCGGAUGAAAUUAACAGUUGUUUUCUCUCUUUGAUAUGUUUUUUUUUUUAAUUCUUUCAUCUUUUUGUUUGUUGAUGUGUGGAUUUCUGGUGAUAUUCAAGUUAUUUCAUCCUGAUUAUUUUUUUUUUCAUUUCCACCCUUUCAGACCCACCUAUAGCCAAACGAGGGGGACCCAGUGUAUUUAUACCUUGACUGAGAACAAAUUAAGCGAUUGGUUUUGUUCGGAAUACUUUGGAGAUUUAAAGGGUUUAUUGAAUAUGAGUCGUGUGCAUUUGGAUGGGAUUUAUCGACGGAGAUAUUUAGGUAAGGUGUCUGGUAAUUCCGUCAAAUCACUGGCAUUUAAGACUUGCUAUUAAUUAGGAAAAUCAAGCAAUUGUGCACUGUUUAAUUUUAAGUCUUGAGUAUUUACUGUUACUUGGCUUAGGUAAUUUAUUUAAUGGAAAUUCAGGUCUAUUAAUUUAAUUGAUGUCUGUCUCGUCUCUGGGAAUUCAGAGAUUGAGAGGAGACAUGGAUAAUCGAUAUUGCGAGCGUGCAAUGGAAAACGGUGUCUCGAAUUUAGUAUUUUUAAUUUUUUUUUCUCUCUCUCUCUCUCUCUCUCUCUGUCUCUGUAUUGAAUUCAAUCUCUGGUUUGAGAGGAAUUAAACUUGUCAAUACGAACGAAAUUGAUUAUUUUGGAUAAUUAAACAUCUGGCAAUUCACGUUAUAAAUCGUUACACAAUCAGUGAACUCGUCAUUUAUUGUCGAGAUUGUCAUUGAAACGUUUAUGCAGAAACAAAAUGCAGGAACGUGUUGUAUGAUAAAUGAUUACGAGAAUAAAUUAUUGUUACGUCCUAUUCAUUUAAAAA